UUUUGUUGUUACGUAACUUAAAAUUUGCCUGCAUCUACACACGUUUCGCACAGCAGUUCAAUAAUACUUGGUCUUCAGUGAAAGGUGCUCAGGUGCAUCCUACGUACAGAAUGGAUCGCAAUCCAUUGUGCGUUGUAUUUCACUAGAAUUUUUGUGGCGACCUUAAAGUGAGCAGAAUUAGACAAAAGACGUUCAUCUAGCAUCUGCUUCCCAGGCCAUUGUUGUGUGCUGCAUAUUUCGGGACUAUGUUUGAAGUAAUUAUUAAUCAUGUUUACAAGUUUCCAUUCGAUCUGGUUGUUAGGACACAUUUUACAAAGUAUCCUACCAACAAAGAACAAAAUGUCAUUGGAAUGAAAACAGUGGAAGAACGAAUAGAUAGAGAAAGUGGUGUGGAAUACAAACGACGAGUAGCCACGUGUAAAAACAUACUACCGUCCAUUUUCAGAAAGAUCCAGCUACUGAAUGAGGAUGCAGUGUAUCUGGAAGAAGAGACAUGGCACGACCGCAGAGGCAAGCGUCUCACUGUCAAGAGCCGGAGUCUUACAUGGAACAAAUACGCAGAUGCCUGGGAGGAGUCUGAAUAUAGCAUUUGCUCUGAGAAUACAAACUGGACCAAGCUGAAGCAAACGGGAGGCCUCCACAUCAAAGGAUUUGGAGUCUUUGGCGGAAUGAUUGAGAUGUUUCUUCAAGGCUUUGCCAACAAAGGUGGACUCAAGGCCAUUCGCAUCAUGGAGGAACUGAUGACGGAAUCGAUAUCAUUGAGGAAUUUUACACGAGUUGGCUCUUCCAGCACGUGAUAAGAAACAUGUACAUGUACCUCAAGUGCCCAGGAAUGUUAAAGUGUACUUCAACAUUUUUUUGAAAGAAUGUCGUGAAGUCCGAGAGAUAACACUGGAAAUGUUAUCUGAAAAUAUAAACAAGCAGGACAUCCUGUAUUUCAGGACUUGCAUAGGGCCCUGAGUGUGCUUAACUUUCAGGAACUUGUUUCAUUUGGAUAAAUAGGGUCAAAGGUCAGUAAAUGUCUUAUUUCCAACCUUCAUUUCACUCUGACAUCCUCAGAUUUUAAUAGAUGCUCUGGAGGUAAAAAACAAGAGGUGAAAUGUCAAGGCAACGAGAGGGGGGGGGGAAGGGGCAUCUGACAAUAGUUAAAGUUUAUGGGAGGUGCUUAACAUUAGAGACAGGGAACCUCGUGCUAC